CAGGUGUACAUAGUACAGGUGCCCUAAGUGUGCCCACUAUCUAGUAUUUAGUACCGAAGAAAACGGGCGUGUUUUAAUUUAUUGCAAAAUUGCUUUGUACUUUGAUUGUUUUCAACGAAGUGAUAAAAGCACUCAUUACUGAUUGGUCAGGGGAUUCGUUACGGACGGCCAGUGGUUAUCAGGAUCGCUUUCGUUUAUAUGAUGUCGUAUAUCUUCUUGAAAGGAGACUUAUUGAGAAUUGUAUCAGUAUAAUUUCUAAAAUUGAAAGGGCGUUUUCUAUACAUCUGUUUCAGUUCUGCUUAGUAAGAUUAAAAUAGUCAGAUUAAAUUUCAGCGUGGGAAUCAAAUUUUUAUCAUCUGUCACGGUAACAGUUUCUGGUUUGACAUCACUGUAGAAGCUUGUAUUAUAAUGACAUGUUAAACUACUGAUAAAAUUUAGAACUACAAACCAUCAAAAUCCUGUUGAGACUGGUAGAUGGUCAAAUAUGCCACUUAACGAAAGACUUUGUACAUUAUGUCAAUCAGGUAAAAUAGUAGGCGAGUUCCAUUUAUAUUAGAAUGCAAAUCAUUAGCUAGUAUCUGGACAAAUUUUUUACAUCCCAUAUUUUGUAAUAAGCCGAAUAUACUUACGUAUAGUAAGAUAAUGUCAAACUCAAGUUUUAAAUCGUUCAAAAAAUAUCUGGGUUUUUUUUUCAUAACUAAAAUUUAUGAUGCGGUCUGUCCUCCAUAACUUUUGUCUCUUACCUUUUCCCCCUUUGUUUGUAGCUUUAUUUAUUGUACCUCACGUACCACUGACUGAUGGUGUAAGCGAAGUAAAUGUACUUGAAUUUGAACAUUAUAUGAGACUAUUUAACACAAUCUUUGUACAAGUUUACAAUGUUCAAAACACACGGUCCAUCGGGCCUCUAAGUCUAUAUAAAUCUAUAUGAGUAUACAAUUUGAUGAGCUGUAUUUAACUGAAAUUUGAUUGAGCAUUCUUUAACCCAAAACUGUUUCAAAUGACGAUAACGUGGCUUUUGGGUGUUUCUCAAGUCCAUGCCUCAUUGCAUUGUGAUUCAAUGAAAUAGACAUGUAUAUUCAGUAAUUUACUUACUGUGUAAAGGUGAUUUCAAAAUGGUUCUUUCUAAGACAUGACAUCGUCGGAUACCCACGCUUGAUUGCGCUUCGUUCCUCUCUCCGAGAUAGGUUAUAUAUAUAUAUAUAUAUAUAUAUAUAUACUAUGAUACUGCUAUGUAUACAUUUUUGUAAAGCUUCUGAAGAUGUAAUGAAAGCGCUAAAGCUUUACGGAGGAUUUCUGUGUUUUCUUUUCAUAUUUUUUAAAUAUAUAUAUAUAUAUAUAUAUAUAUAUAUAUAUAUAUAUAUAUAUAAAGAAAUUUAAAAUACUGUUUAAACAAUCGUAAAUAAGGUGGCGGUAGUUCUUUCGGUUCGUAACCAGUGUACCAAGGAAUAUAGGUCUCUUCAGUAGCAGUAGCACACGUAUAAUUAACCCCAAGGAAAAUGAUAACUAAUUGAUAUAGAUGUAUUUUAAUUAUCAAAAUGGAGAAUUAGGCAAUUUAACAAUGUUAUAUUACUGAAUAUUUCUGUAUUCGGUCAUUGUUCAACAUAGAAAUCGGCAGGAACUUCAUCUGUAACAUGAAAGGCAGAACAUCAUGUAUGUCAAGGAAGUAAGGCAGUUAGGAUAACAUACAAAAAUGAUUGAGGUCGUGAGUUCGAGCCCCGCUCGUUCUUUGCGUAAAACCUAAGACAUAAACAUAUGCAGUGAUUGCUCCUUUGCUAAACGCUCGACAUUUAGAAAUAAGAGUUGUGGGUCUUUAAGGUAUGACCUUGUAAAAUCUGGAUCCAUCCAUAUCGCGGCAUUCGUUGACAUCUCAAAGAUGAUCGCUAAGCAAAGAUCUAACCCAGCAAUUGGUAACAUCUCAAUAUGAGUGAAAAAUUCUUGAGUGAACGUAAAACAAACCAAUGCAAAGCUGAGGUGGGGCAGGAAGGUCACGUGACAAGUGUUUGUCCUCUCGACCACUCUUCGUAAAAAUAAAUAAAAAGAAGUGAAGUAAACUUUAUUAAAGAAGAUUUAAGGGCAGAUGAUACAAACAAAUUUUUUCUUUCGAAGAGACUUUAUAUGAUGUCAUUCUUUUAUAAAAGUGGAUAAUUCCUUGAAUUCUUUUCCCCUUUGACUUGGAGAGUGAAAUAUUUUCCAUAUUUCAAAAAAAAGUACAAAACAAUAGUUAUCAUGGUAAAUUAGUUUAUUCUUCAUCUGUUUACCUUUUUUAUACCUCAAAAAAUGGUUGUCAGGGAGAACAGAGUGUACUGAUAUUAGAUUUACAACAUAACAUGUAAAAUAUUAAUGCAUUACAAAUUUUACACUUGGAAAAUAUCAAUUGCUGCUUCAAUAAAAUUACAUAAAUGGACAUUGCACCCUCAGUAAAGGUUUACAAAUUAAAAUAAACUUCAUAAUAUGUUGACUUAAUGUUUAAAGUGUAAUAUAAACUUAAAAAUCAUAUACCAUACGGGGUGAAUUUUCUGAGUAGAAGCAAAAUUGUAAACAUCACAUUGGCUGAUUUUCUCAAGACAAAGAAGAGUUAUCUCCCAUAAUAUAAGAGUAAAAUUUUACAACUUCUGAAAAUAAUUUACAAUGGCAUUUAUGAUUUUACUGUUUGUUUUUUGGGGUUUAUUUUGUCACUCUUGGUUUUCCUUUGCUAUUCAUCUCUGAAAAAAAUAAAGAAAUGCCUAAUACAGGAUAUCUUUGAUGUGCCAUUUUACAUUAAUUUCUGCAUUACGUUAGUUUCUGCAUUACGACGUUUCCCAGUAGAAACAGGAGAAAGAUAACUGCAUGCUUCCUGCUGACAUCUUAUAUAUAGCAAUGAUCCAAGUCCAUACCGUUUUUCGUCCUCACAAUGUCUUAUGCGUUGUUAAAUCUAGUGGUCUACCACACGCAGCACAACCUUUUUCCAAAUUGUCCACUAGAAUUCCAAAUUCCACAACUCGUCUCCAACAAAUCAUCUUCUCAUGCUCUUCUUCCGAUUCCUCAUUUUCUGAUGCAUCAGAUGGAUACGUUUCUUCAUUUCCUAGGCAUUCUUGUGAAUUAUCACCAGACGAACAAUUUUUUCUUGAUUCAUCCAACUUCUCCUCGAUCACCACGUUGUUAUUGGCAUCAACAUUCACUAUCUUACGUCCAAGGGAUAAUGCAUAACCUUUCUUAGCAUUCUGUAACCUUUGAUGACGUUUUUUACUAAUAAUUUUUCCUGAUUUUUUCCUGAAUGAUUCUGGCAUCACAAUUGUUUACAUUGUUUACUGACCCCCCCCCUUUCCUGCUCUUCAAACACAGAAGAGUUCCAAACAACUAUAAAUGAGAAAACCAAAACCAACCAAAGUAUUUUUUUUUUACCAUGGGAACUCUUCAGUGCUAAAGGUAGAAAAAUUUGUUUAUAUCAUCUGGCCUUAACGUAAAAAAAAUUGGAGAUUUAUUUCUAAUUACACAUGUCUGCAGAAUUAUAGCUCUCAGUGGAAAAUGAAAUAUCCUCAAUCAUCGUCGCUUAAAAAUUUUGAUAUUAAAAAAUCCAAACACACUUGUGACAAGACAUACCUUCGAACAAAUAUGACAAAUCCCCAUUCGAAUUAAAACUCACAGAUUGAUCCCAAUUUACUGUUUCGUAACUGCUCCAUAUAUGAUAAUUACUCAUAGACCCCUGAAUGUGUGGGCUAUUAGAAAGCAACUUAAUUACGCUUAUAUGUAUGCGAUUAAAAUAUCUAAGAACACGGGUGUCAUAUUUGAUUUUACAAAUGCAACUACAACACAGUAAAGCAAACCCCAUUAAACGUUAGUUUCACGUUCUGGAGGUUACUCAUUACUUUCCUAACUAAUAGGCUAGUCCAAAAAUUCCCACAGCUAAAGGCUAGUCUUAACGAAUCCAUACAGGGGCUGGUCCCAGUGGGGGUAAAAAAAAAAACCCAACAAACUGGCCGGAAUAUUGACCCUGACUGGCAUAAAAGAACCAAGUUAUGCCCGGGGCCGAACCCAGCAGGCAUCACAAGCUGCAAAAUUCAUUGUAUGGCGUGCUUUCCAAUCUCUGUGGUUACGUAUAUUUAGUAAUUACGUAUUGUCAUACAUGCAUUGAAUUAAAAUAUUGUUUAAACAAACUUAACUAAGCCACGCUUGAGGGUCGAUCCCAGCAAGCACAGAAACGCCCUCGGGGCCGAUAAGACCAUACCUUGGACUUUUUAUAUGCAUUUGAUACUGGAAUUCACCUGCUAUUCUAUGCAACUUUUAAAAGGUGAAUUGAAACGUAGAAUUAUCCUCGUCUUUUAUGAAACACGUGUGCAUCAAAAUUUAUCAAAGAAUCCCAAGCAUAGUGCUAUCUUUUAUUCUCCAGGGGGUUAUUUGUACAACAUCGCUGAAUAAAUUACACCAUCCCCCCCCCAAAAAAAACCCUCCACAAACACACGAACUCCUCGAAAACAUACGCUUAAACGCAAACCACCCCACCCCCAAAUGAAAUUUAAAAAAUUGUUAAAAAAAAAAAAAAAAUCAAAAAAAAAAAAAAAAAAAAAAUCCCAACAACUAAAAUUUAGUAAUACUCUUCACAAAAGCCUUCUCUGAAUACCGUUUUUAUUGACUUGAAAGUUCAAAUUGGAAAAAAGCAACCGUAAUCUUUGACACGGUCACUGCUAUCGAUGGGACACGACUAUUAAAACAAAAUCGGCUGCGUUUGUUGACGUGUAAUCGUUAUCACGCUGUUAUCUUGACGUCGUGAAGCAACCAUAUAACGUAAAAACCACUAUGAAGAUUAAACUUUACUUAUGUGUCAUGACAACAGAUAAAUUAACAGGUACAUUUUUCAAUCAGUUGGAAAUGUGAAAUUGUUAUGACCUACCUUGGAGGCUAAGCUAUUUCUUCUAAAACUGAGGCUGUAAACUGAACUGGACUUUGAACUACGUUAAAUACAUACUAACCACAAUACGCAAUUGAUAACAGACUACUGAGUGAAUAUUUGUUUAAUUUGCCGAGAAAUUCAAAUAGUACUCAGGUAAACCUUCUCACCACAAUCUAAUCCAUGCGUCACAAUCUAAUCCAUGCGUCAGAAUCUAAUCCAUGCGUGGAUUAUUAUAUUGCUUCAUGUACUGCCUGUUCAUUCGUCUGUCAGCAUUUAAAGGUAAUUUAGGGGUUCGGUUUCUAAUUCUUUUAUUUUAAAACCGUUCUAAAGCAAACAAAUCAUGCCUUUUCAACACUUUAUUUUACUUGCAGACUGUUUUGGGUCACUUGCAUAUUAAAUUGAAAUGUAAUAUUUUAUCGCGUCUUCGUUUAAGUUCUUUUGUCAUAUUUUUUCACCAUAUUUAUUUUUUCAAAUUAUGGUUGUCCCCCAAAUUUCCCAGUAUCAAAGCCACUUGUGUGAGUGAAGUGUUAAAUGGAAAUUGAAGGUUUUCCAUCCCAAAUUUCCCACAGAGGGCGGUAGUUUUUCAGCUAAGAUACGUUGUCUGUGACCCACAAGUAAAACUGACAUCCGCUUAUCCUUGCUGUGCAGUGUGCUCGCACAAUCUACAUCCUUGGUGUCAAGAUGUGUUCUAUGGUGCACUUAUAAAUUAUGUCAAAGUCAAAACUUCUUGUCUAUUCCGUUUCCGCAGAGUAUGUUGAAAAAUCGAUGAUGAAACAGUGAUACUUUUAUAUCAUAGUACAAGGUCAGUGAAUCUUUAAAGAGAAGAAUGCAGUACAAGAAGUUUGUCACCCACAAUUCUAGGAAUCAGAAGACUUGCUGUUUCGCCAGAAAACUACAGAUACCAAUCUGGAAAUUGUUCAUAUACUUUGCCCUUACCACAACCUUAGUGUUUGUGUUGCAAAUGAAACAUCAGCAAAAUUCAUGGGGAGUAUCUACAACAGCAACCACUCCGAGUUCAACCACCACGAAAAAUACACCAAAGCCAAUUACAAUGACGUCACAAACAGAUAUCCUGAAAUUCUACAACAUAUCAUCUUAUAAACAUACACGGUUUCUAACUCACACUCACGACAUUGAUUUUGUUCGGUUUGUGAAAGAAGUAGAAAAUGGCAAAAGUUUCAAUCUGAAGCCAGUGAACGUAAGUCCUUAUGUAUACAUUACGAACCCGACAACAAAGUGCACUAUUCCACCCCUAAAAACGAGCGCCAAUGUCAGCGUUUUGAUUCUCAUAAAGAGUGAACCAGAUAAUUUUCAUCUUCGUCAGACAAUACGAUGGACGUGGGAAUCUCAAACACAGUAUCAUGAGUACAUAAGGAUUGUGUUUCUACUGGGAAUUUCCUCGGACCCAGAAGACAAAAAUACGGAUGUGUUGGUAGAACAUGCGCGUUACAAUGAUAUUGUGCAACAAAACUUCAUUGACAAAUACAGAAACCUUACACUUAAAACAGUGAUGGGCUAUAAAUGGGCUGUGCAAUAUUGCCACGAUGCAUCACACGUACUGAUCCAAGACGAUGAUUAUCAUUUUAAUGUAAAGAAUCUGGAUAGUUAUAUAAAAAAACAAAGAGACCAGGAUUCGAUUAUGGCUGGAAUUCUUCGAUUGAAGUCACCAACCGUGCGGCGAUCAACGAGUAAAUACUAUGUUUCCCCACAGGAAUACGCACAUGAUAUUUAUCCUCCAUUUUUGGUUGGCAAUAGUUACAUUAUCAGUAUGCAUUUUGCCAAACAAUUUACGACAAUAAUCCCGUAUGUGAAAAGUAUCCCUAUGGCUGACACAUUCAUAGGUGUGCUAGCAAUGAAACUGAACAUCACCCUUCAAAACGAGGCCAGCUUCACCAUUAAAAACUGUAACAGCAUGGAUAAAGUCAUAUCCUGUCGGGGUUAUACGUCAACCAAAGAAAUUUUAAAAGAUUGGAAAAACUUUGUAAAUAGAGCAAUAUUAAAAAUUAAUAUAUAGUUAUUAGUCACAAAAAAAUAAAACAACUUGCCAUGUGCAAAAUCUUUCACUGAAAUAUGAUAUUGCUUUACCAUGUUACAUGUAGGAAAAAAUCAAUCUAAUAUACUCAAUUGUCGGCUUCUUUUCGAAUAUUACACCAAUUUUAUUAAAAUGCAUUUAUGAAUAAAUGUUCAGAAGUAUU